GGGAGCGCGAUGGUCGCAGGCACGCAGCGGCCGCCCCUGACAGCCGCCUCCGACUCUGCCUCCGCCCCCGACGCUUCCGCCACCGGUCGCAUGCACCGCCGCCUCCAGCGCGGUCCGCGGCUGCUGCUGGCGCCGCUGCUCGCCGCCGCGUGCCUCAUACACGCCGGGGUGGUGGGCGUGACGAUUACGGACAUGCGCGUCCCCUCCGAGGUGCGCAACGGCUCGACGGCGGCGGUGGUGCUCGACUGCGAGUACUCGCUGCGGCCCGAGGAGCAGGGCGCCGACUCCGGGCUGGUGGUCAAGUGGUUCUUCAACAACAGCCCCGAGCCGGUGUACCAGUGGAUUCCCGGCCAGAAGCCGCAGGACCUGGGAAUCCUGCGCGGCCGCCUCAAGCUGGCGCACCGCGCAUCCACCAGCCACGCCAGCAUGCACCGCGCGCUCUACAUCGUCAGACCGACCACCGAGCUCAGCGGCGAGUACCGCUGCUCCGUCUCCACCUUCAAGGACGAGGACUUCAUGACCAAGAAGAUGAUUGUCUACGCGACGGAGAAGAGCCUGCGGCUGCAGCCCUACAAGCCAACCGGCGACUCGGUGAACGUGUCGUGCCGCGCCCAGGGCGUCUUCCCGGAGCCAAAGAUGGUCCUCUACAAGUACAGCGACGGCGAUCCCAAGCCGCAGCCGAUGCAGGACGUGACGGUGUCGACGCAGCGGCGCGACGGGGGCUUCGACAUCUCGGCGCACAAGCUGCUCUUCGACCGCGACCUGCCCGACUCGGCGACGUUCGCGUGCGAGCUGCGCGUGCCCAGCACGCGGUACUCGGUCCGCAAGAGCCUCGUCUACUACCCCGGAGCCGACAACCCUCUUCCUAUGUUGGACAACGGCGCGUGGAGGCGGCGCGCUCCGCCCCUCUGGUCGCUGCUGAUGGCCUCCGCCUCCGCCCUCGCAGCCGCCGGGGCCAGCCUCUCCAGCUCCGCCGCCCGCUGCUGAGGACUCAGGUCGGCACGAGCGCAGCCCGAGAUCAACUUGUUGGAGGCGACCGGUGUCGACAGCGGCGCGCAGUCCACGGCGGCGCCAGCGACGGAAGCAGCGGCAGUGACUCCGCUGGACACAGGCGAGCAGUCGAUGUCGUCGAC